AUGUCAUAUAAAAUAAAUAAAUACAGUCCAGUUUUUCCUCAGGUUGGUACUGUGAACGAGAUGCAACAACAACAACAACAACAACAACAACAAGAGCAACAUCAUUAUCACCCACAACAGAAACAACAACAGCAACAGCAGCAACAACAACAACAACAAUACGAUCUGGAGGAUAUUUGUGGACCAUUUAGAACUCAAGAACAUUGCUACCAAUAUAGACACCAAAAUUUAAACACAUAUCAACAACAAAAUUUAAACCAACGUCAACUUCAACACCAACAUUCACAUCCACCUACAUAUCAUAACCAACCUCAAUAUCAACAACUUCAACGUGAGAAUCACGAGCAACCAUUCCUGCUGUACCAAACUCCAGUUGAAAGCCAAUACCAUAUUAAGAUGGAACCAAGUAACCUGUCCUUGUUGGGAGAACCCAUUCGCGACAUGUUGUGCAAUAAUGCAACUACUGCGAGUUUUCCAAUGAGAAGUAAUAUCGCUUCGAAUGAUACUCAAAAUUAUCCAGUAGACCUUGAUUUCGCACUUCCUCCUGCAUUUCAGCACUACAUCAAUUCCAAUAAAAACAAAGGAAUACUAGUUCUGCUGUCUUUAUCGGUGACCGGAUCUCCUUAUAUUGACCGCGACUUGCCUAGUAACACAGAAUAUAUUACUGGAAAUGAUGGGUUUAGUGGUUCUGGAAGCAUCAAUGUCAACUAUGCGUCAUUGGAUGGAGAUAUACAAUUGGAUGAACAAAGGUCGCAGUUCCAUCAACCAUCUUUACUAAGCAACGAUACCUCACCUGUAUUUAAAUCGCAAAUUGAGCCAAUGAGUUUGGCUUUUGCUCCCACGCAGGCUUUUGGUGCUCCACCACGCGAAGCAGAGGGAGAAGAAGAGAACAAAGUGGAUGGUGAAGAACAACAACAACAACAACAACAACAAAACCUAAAGCUAAAACCACAACUAAAAGUAGAGAAACAUGAAACAGAUCUGAGUUAUUCAAAUGAUUUAUUGGACUCACCUUUGUCUGUUGAAGCUGAUAUACCUAUUGGUGGACUUAAUGAAGAACCGAGAAGAAAUGGAAUUAGUGCCUUUUCGACAAAGACCAACUCGGUGACGGGCUUGCAAUCGUUUGAUACACGCGCAAGUAGCUCACAUUUACAGCCAAUAUCAGUAUCAUCGUCACCUAGUUCCAUUAGUGCUUCGUCUUUUCCAAAUUCGUACCCUGUAGCAAGUGGUAGAAAUAUGGAUCGGUAUUGCCUGGGAAGUGUUACACCUUCGACGGUGAUUACUCCAAUCUCACCACUGGCACAACAUUUGCGCAGCUACCCUCUUUUGAAACAUAGUAAUAAGAGGAAGAAGUUGGCUAUAUCAACCAUUAGCAAUGACUUGAUUAAAAAUGGGAUUACAGCUGAUGCCACCGAUUACAUAAAUGAUACACUGGAAAAUUCUGGAACCUCGUCGUCAUCACUUUCGACAUCGAACCCGAUCAUUAAAGUAAAGACUUCAGCCUCAGCGCCACCAUUUGCACAGCAACAACCACAAGAACUGCAGCAGCAGCAGCAGCAACAGCAACAACAACAACAACAACAGCAGCAGCAGCAGCAGCAACAGUCACAGCAACAACAAGUAAACAAACCAAGAGUCAAAUCAGCACAUAAUGUGAUUGAACAACGCUACAGAAAUAAGAUUAACGACAAGUUUAAUGCACUUCAAGAGUCAGUGCCUACUUUGAAGAUCUUGGUGCUUAGGAAAUACGAGGAGAGAAUGAGGUUGAAACAACAACGGAUGCAACUUGUUGGUCAAAACAGUAACCACAACAACAAUCUUAUGGAAGAUUAUGAAAGUUCUGAUGGCGAGGAUUUGCCGUUUGGAAAUGUAUCUUUUGCAAGUCAAUACACUCAAGGGGAGGUCGAUGCAAUUGAUUUGGAAGGUCUCGAGCCAGCUAGGAAAUUGAACAAGGGUACAAUCUUGGCCAAAUCGAUUGAAUAUAUCAAGUUUUUGGAAAAUAAGAACGCAAAGAUGAGACAAGACCAUGAGCUUUUGAUUCAAAAGGCAAAACAGUUGGGAUUGGCACUAGAUAUGGGUAUUUAA